AUGAAAACCCUCAAAGAAUCUGAAUUUUGCUUUCCACAUCUCCCCAACUCCUCCUGCAGAAAGAUGCAGCGUCCCCAUGCUGUGUCCAUGCUGGCUUACAUCCUGCUGUCCUCUAUCUCUCUGCUCACUGUGACUCUCAACCUGUUGGUCAUCAUCUCCAUCUCACACUUCAAGCAGCUCCACACUCCCACCAACCUCCUCCUCCUCUCUCUGGCUGUCUCAGAUUUCUUUGUGGGUCUCCUCAUGUUCUUUCAAAGUAUGGUUACAGAUGGCUGUUGGUUCCUUGGUUACCUCAUGUGUAUUCUGUAUUAUGUUCUUGACUAUAUUAUUACCUCUGCAUCUAUAGGUACAAUGGUGCUCAUAUCCAUUGACCGCUAUGUGGCUAUUUGUGAGUCUCUGCAUUACGUCGACAAAGUCACACAAAAAAGAGUUCAAGUCUGUGUUUGUCUAUGUUGGAUAUUUGCUGUUCUUUUUCACAGUCUGCUGCUAAAGGAAAACCUAAAACAUCCAGGCAGGUAUAACUCUUGUAUUGGAGAGUGUGUGGUUGUUAUUGGUUAUGUUGCAGGGAUUGCAGAUCUUUUUCUGUCUUUUCUCGGUCCGGUCACUGUCAUCAUAGUUCUGUAUUUGAGAGUGUUUGUGGUGGCUGUGUCUCAGGCUCGUGCCAUGAGGUCUCAUGUUGCAGCUGUCACAGUCCAACAAUCAGUCAAAAUAACUGUGAUGAAAUCUGAGCUGAAAGCAGCCAGGACUCUUGGUGUUGUUAUUGUUGUGUUUCUUAUAUGUGUCUGCCCAUAUUUUUGUAUGACACUAACAGGCCAGGACACCAUGCUCAAUGCUUCAACUAAUGCCUUUGUAAUAUGUUUGUUUUAUGUUAACUCCUGUCUGAACCCUCUGAUCUAUGCCCUUUUUUACCCGUGGUUCAGAAAAUCUAUUAAGCUGAUUGUUACACUAAAGAUCCUGCAGGCUGACUCCUGUGACGCCAUCAUGGCAUAGAGAGUGGGAAGCCACUGUCAUGAAGUCUUAUGAGUCAGUAAAAUAUAUUUAGGGAUCCGUGGACAAGUAAAAAAAAAUGCAGUUGGCGUUGAAGAUCUCUGACAAUAUGUGGUGGUUCACAGACUGCGUGCAUGAAAGAAACACUAAUUACAUUAUGCUCAUAUAUUGCAUUCUCACAUAUGC